AUGAAUAACAUAAAUAUCAUCGCCGCCCUCGUUGCCGCCAUCUCCGCCUCUGCCUUGACCGGUGAGUUGGAUACCAAGGCCGGUUGUGCUUGCUGCGCCGGACUUUCCAUCACUUGCUGCAUCACCUGCUGCAUCACCAGCUGCAAGGCUGAAGAUCAAGCCCUCCAGAGCCGGGGCCUUUCUGAGCUCCAAGCUCGACACCCAGAAGCCGACAUCAUGGCUUGCGUUCCCUGCGCCAAGUGCCUCGCCGACGGAGAAAUGUGCGACGAGUGCGAAGUCGGAGGCAAGUGCGACGCCAACGUCUACGCUGAAUUCGUCGCUGAGCUCCAGUAA